CUCUUUCCUUAGCUAAAACUAUAAAUUGGGUUCGCUCUAUCUAUAGUCAUCAUCUGAUUCUGAAAAUGAAGACAACUGUUCUGUUUUUUUUAGUUGUCGUCCUACGAGGCGCUUUAGGCCAAGGGUCAGCUAACUUAGACCAGAUCUUCAACAGAUACGCUGGACUUGACAAUAUUUUACAGCAAAUAGAAUUUAACAGAUUCUGGCUCCACUUUGAUGACGAUGACGACGGUGAGGUAUCUAAGCUGGAAUUUGACCAGGGCUGGAGACGGGAGGGGCUCCCCAACCCCCAAAACGCCCCCCUUUUUUUCUUAGAGCUGGACAGAAUCCCCGACGAGACUUUGAACAACCUCGACUUCCCCCAUAUCUUUCAUCUCUUUGAUGAGGAUGGCGACGGAGGAAUCACAGGGCGUGAGAUGAGAUUCAACUGGCACGCAUAUUUUGACGCGUGAAACAUGUAGUCACCAAACAGUUUUUAAACAUCUUUAAUAAGUGUUUUUUCCAACUAAGUAAUAACACAUUUAUAAUCGAUUUAAGACAAACGAAGUUCAGAAAUUCAAAGAUAUCAAGAUAAUUAUUU